AUGCAACAGAUCCACUUGGUUUUUGCACUUUUUCUUCUCAUUUCUGCACUUUUGUGUCCAUCAGCCGUCCUCGGCUUCGAUGAUAAGAUUGUCGGCGGCUACGAGUGCAGGGAUCACUCCGUCCCCUGGCAGGUGUCGCUCAACAACGGCUGGCACUACUGUGGAGGAACCCUGAUCAAUGAGCGCUGGGUAGUCAGCGCUGCACACUGCUUCAAGGGUAUGGACAUCGAGCUGCGUCUGGGUGAACACCACAUCAGGUACAAGGACGGCCCGGAGCAGUUCAUCGCCCCCGCCGCCGUCAUCCCCCACCCAGAGUACGACCGCUACACCAUCAACAACGACAUCAUGCUCAUCAAACUGGCCGAGCCUGCAACGCUGAAUGAGUUCGUCCAACCGGUCGCUCUGCCUUCCAGCUGUGCUCCAGCUGGAACCCAGUGCCUGGUGUCUGGGUGGGGGGCCACCAAGAGUCCCUUCGGCUGUCUGAAGUGCCUCCACUGCCUGGAUCUGCCCAUCCUGGCCCAGGAAGACUGUGAGCGCUCCUACCCCGACAGGAUCACCGAAUCCAUGUUCUGUGCCGGCUUCCUCGAAGGGGGAAAGGACUCCUGUCAGGGAGACUCGGGCGGCCCUCUGGUGUGUAACGGGGAGCUCCAGGGUGUGGUGUCCUGGGGAUGGGGCUGCGCUGAGGAGGACCGGCCCGGUGUUUACGCCAAGGUCUGUCAUUUCACCGACUGGAUUCACUCCACUAUGGCCUCAAACUGAAGUUCUUCUGUCAGCUGCUGUUGACACACUGAUUCUGCUUCAUAUGAGGAGCAUAUUGAAACAGUUUAAAUGACCAGUUCAUGACUUGUGUGGCUGUCUGUGGGUAAAGAUUUAACAGUAAAAUACCACCAUGAUGAACGGCAGACAAUGUUUCUUGCUUCAUGCAAGUUUAUUUCAUGUGUCCUUUGUCAUAAAAGUGUAUAAAUAAAUUUUCAGUUCAUUAA